AGCGUCCAACUUGUAGUCCAAGUCUCUGGACUUAAUAAACUACAUUUCCCAUAUUAACGGAUACGAACGUGACGUACUGACGUCAUCGCCGAGCCAUGCUGUGAUUGGUCAGUACGGUUGUAAGGUCACUGGCGCGAGGCGCUGGUGUUACAAAACACAAGACUGUUUCCGGUCUGAGGUAACGAGUUUAUAACUUGUUUUUCUCUAGUUUUAUUCACGAGUUCUUUACAAAAAUAAGUUAUAAUAGUGAUCCAAGCAGUGUGAUGCUGAUGUGUGUGUGCUUAUUUUUACAAGUGAGAAAAAAAUUAAUGAAAAGGACUGUGUGUGUGUGUGUGUGUGUGUGUGUGUGUGUGUGUGUGUGUGUGUGAGCUUUACAGGUGUGGAGAUGCAGGAACAGGGCCGAACUGAGAAACCGAAGAUCAACAGACUGAGAAGAGCAAAGAGGAUCUUAAAGUCUGAUCUGAUGUUGCCUGAGUGUGACGUCAUCAGACCUGACGUCACUCAUGACCAGAACACGUCCAGCAGGACACCUCCACCCCCUGAUGGUGUUCAGUGUUCUCCUCCAAAGCAAAGUCUCCUCCUCCACAGGGAGGCAGAAGAGAAGAAACAUGAAGUGAAGUCAGGAUCAGACACGCCUCCUCUUCAUCAUCAUCAUCAUCAUCAUCAUCAUCAUCAGCCGUCUGAAGUUCGAGGUCUGAUCAGGAGCGAGAGAGAACUCAACCCUGCAUUUAGAUCUGAUCUGACGUCACACAGAGCGAGGUUCACGAGCUCGGCCGAGUGCUUUGAAGACGCUCGCGCCCGGGAGGAGUUCCUGAGGCAGGUCCAAACUCAGAACCCGCGCUUUCCGGUCCGGCGCUUGUUCCAGACGCUGCUGAAGAGACACGAUGAGGGUAAAAGCGGCUCAGUGGCUGGGAAAAGAAAACAGGAAGUAGAAUCUUGGGGUGACGGACGUCUGUGUAAACGGCAACGCCAGAACGGGUCAGACUGGGGUGUGAGCAGGAGGAACACGCUAAGGAGGGAACAGGUCUGUGUGCAGAACGCAGCCAUGGAGGAGACGCUUCAGGACGAGGGACACGACGAUGACGAGGGACACGAUGAUGGCGAGGGACACAACGAUGACGAGGGAUACGACGAUGACGUGCCCUGGACGGAGAAGUAUCGUCCUCGGAGCUGUGAUGAAGUCAUCGGGAACUCGGCCGCAGUGAGGAAGCUGUACAGCUGGCUGAAAGAGUGGAGGAUCAGAGCGGAUGUGGAGGAGAGGAGGAAAAGACGAGAGGAGCUUCGGAUGAAGAAGGAGAGCAAUGGGUCGUGGGAUUGCGGUGAUUUUGAAGGCGACCCUCUGACGGAGGAGUGUGAGGGCGAUCUGUGUAACACACUGCUGAUCCACGGACCUACAGGAGUGGGAAAGACUGCAGCCGUGUUCGCCUGCGCAGAGCAGCUGGGCUUUAAGGUGUUGGAGGUGAACAGCUCGUCCCUGCGCUCUGGUCGUCUCGUUCUGUCUCAGCUCAGAGAGUCGACUCAGUCUCACCAGGUGGGGGCGCCACAGGUGCAAACACCUGCUGCGACGUCACGUGAGUUCACACACCGUCAUCACCUGCACCGAGAAGAGGCUCCAGGGAAUUCCGUCUCCUUCUGUAAAAAUCCACCAGCGGUCCGUCGAGCCGCGUCCAGAAAGAAACGCCGCGGUGCGCAGACGCCCGUCACUCUCACGCGCUACUUCAGGAAGACGGGAAACACAGCGAGCAAACGCUCUGAAGCUCCUCACAACACAAGAGUUUCAGCAGCUGAUGGGGUCACGCGUGAGGAGUCCGAGACGGAGCGAAAGGACAGAAAGGAGAAGACGCCGCCGAUAUCGCUCAUUCUGUUCGAGGAGGUCGAUAUCGUCUUCGAGGAGGACGUGGGAUUCCUCACAGCCGUCAAGUCUUUAAUGAGCGACACCAAGAGACCCAUCGUCCUGACCACCAACGACGCGUCGUUCGGCGAGACGUUCUCUGCUCGUCAUGAGGAGAUCCGCUUCAGAACUCCUGCUACGGAGAGCGUUGUGAGCUUCCUGCAGUGUGUGUGCGCGGUACACAACGUGAAGACGGACCCGGACCACGUCCGCUUUACGCUACAGGAGAACGGCGGAGACGUGAGGCGGAGUGUGUUAGCGCUGGAGCUGUGGGCGAGAAGUGGAGCCGGGAACACACACUAUCACCUACAGCACAGAGCGCUCAGUUGUAGGUCGUACACAGAGUUAGAGAGCAGCGGGUGUGUACAAGCGCUAAUGGAGAGCUGGAGAAAAGGGCGGAGCCUUCUCUACUCGAACCUGGAUCUCAUUUUGGCCCCGCCCGCUCCUGAAAAAGCACAUCAAAGCACCUUUGAUCAGAACGGAACCUGGAGGACGGGUCAGCCGGAAGCUCCGCCUCCGUCCAGCGUGAGACGACGUUCAAGAUUAAGACUUAAAAAGAGAGACUCAGAGCUGGACGGAUCCAGACAGCCACGCGGCUCGGCGGUCCGCUCUCAGCUGGACGCUCUGGCUCGCCUCUGCGACGCCGUGUCCUUCGUGGACUCGUACGUGUCCCCGCGGCCGCCAUGCAAGUCUGGAGCUCAGGGAGCCAAGAUCGCGGACGGCUUUCUAGAUGAGCCGAGAGAAGAGCAAGAAGACGACGAUGCACGUAUGGAGAGGUGUUACGAGGUCAUGGCGGCGGUGGAGGGUUUAGGGUUGCAUGGGUGCGGGACGGGGGCGUGGCCAGGAGAUCGGGACGAGAGGAGAGGAGAUACAAACAAGACGUGGAAAAUAAGAUGUUCCAGUGAAGACGGCGCCGCGGUCGUACGCCGCGCACUCCGCAGUAAAGCGUUCCGGUAUCACGGAGAUCAGACGGCGGUACUGACGGAUUACCUGCCCUGUCUGCGCUUCAUCUGUAGACAGCAGCGAGAUGAGCGCCAGACGAACCUCAGAGCUGCGGACUACCUCAAGGACAUCGGACUGUGUCUUCCCGAAAGCGUCCUCGACUCGUUAGCAUCUCAGCUACGCUAAACUACGGUUAACAAUACAAUUUAAACGAGCCAAUCAGAGCGCAGUGGGCGUGUCUUUAUUUUAAUCAUUCCUUUUCAAAGGACGAGCUCAAACUUAUUCACAUCCUGUAGUUUAUU